UGAAAUUGUUACAGUUGAUUGUGAUUGUUCAUUAAGUCUUAACAUGUCAUUUUCCCUGCAAAAUGAACGGAACAAAAUGCUAUUUAUAUUAUCAUUUUUAGUCAUCUUACUUACAACAUUUAAAACAGGAAGUGCAACAGAUUUGGUGGAUUUACCACUAAGAACAGGAAGAAAAAGCGUAAACAUUAACGCUACUUUAACUGAUAUCAAUGCUGGCACUAAAUAUUUCAUUCAAGAAUCGAUAUCAGCUUCUGGUAAAACCAUCAGGGGCAAAAUUGUGAUCUCAGGUGAAAAGGAUUCUUACAAAGUCUAUUAUAAUACUGAUUCUAAUCUCAACAAGAACCGCUUGGUCAUUCAUGGUACAAAUUGUUUACCAUUCACUUUCAAGAACAAUUGGGAUCAGACUUUACCUGGAAUCAAAAGACCUGUAAUGAAUCUGGUACUCUUGAUGGGACCUUCAAUUUUAUACCGACUUAGUCAUUCCUCACUUGUUUGGAAAGCAGUUGCUGAUAAAAACAUAAGAGGAACCAUGAUGAAGGGGGCGACAACGGAAAUAAAUAAAAAAUUGAGAAUCACUUAUUAUUACAAAAAGCAUUUUGAUGACGAUUAUGGAAUUGAGCAUCCAAGUCGAAUUGAAUUCAGUGGAUAUGAUCCAUCGUCAAGCUCAUACAGUUACGAUGAGAAUCUUAUUCUUGAUAUUUACCUUCAAGAUGAAAGCUAUUAUGAUCAACUUGUGAAUAAAGUUUAUCCUUUACCUGGAAUUGGAUGUCCACAUUACUUGUCCACAAGUGAACCUUCAUUCCCUGGAUUAAGAACUUAUUAUGUACAUUACACUAUGUACGAGUACAUUAAAGGUUCAACUACUACUCGAACAUUCAGUGAGAUUCAUGUAUCAAGAAGGACCGGCUUAUUACGACUAAAAGCAAAUGUUCUUGGAGUAACAACUGAAGCUAUUUACGAUUAUCAACUUGGAGUUUCUUACCUCUUUGGAGAGGGUGGACGCUGUAGCAUAUUACCUGCAGAUUUAAAUUCACCUGGAAUCAGUUCUGAUGGUUACUUUACUUUGGAAAACCUUUUCCUUCUUGAUUUCCCUUUCAAAUAUAUUGGAAAGUUUAACUUAGAACACCGAUCUGGAUUUCCAGUAGAUGCAUGGGAAGCGAUCGAAUAUAAUGUUAAUAUCAAUGGGAAAAAGGCCGAUAAAGCUGUCAUCACUCAAUAUUUUGUUGAAUCGCAUGACAGUGAAAUAUUCCCUGGCUAUAGACUUGUCAGUACCACAAUUGCCAUCUAUAAAUUGGAUUCAUCGGAAAAAACUUACACUUUGACGGAUGGAAUUACAAGAGUUUACAUGAAUUUUGAACAGGCCGGAUCUGAAGAUGAAUUUCAUGAUAUUUUUACAUUGGCAGAAUGUAAAUAUUUGAAUAGCGAUAAAAAACUAACCCUUGCUUUCAAAUUACAACCAGAAGACGAUACUCAUUCUUCACAAAAACUCACAAAAAGUCAUGUUUACGAGUUGAAACAAGACUUCAUGUUUAAUGUUAUUCCAUACGAAACAAUCAGUAAGCUACGAAUCGAUAACGUUCAAUAUAAUUUCAAUGACGCACAACUUGAAAUGGAAGUGACAUUCCUGGAUUUACCUAAUUUGCAAUUUAUUUUCAACUCAAAAACGAUGUCUGUCAGUUCAGAUACAUUUAAAAAGAUGAAAACAAUCAAAACAAAAACUGAAGUUGAAUGUUUGAACACAUUAUCAAAAGUCAUGGAUAAGAUAAAUGUAGUAAUUUAUAGACCAUCAGAUUCUUCUUGUGGAUAUUUGACAAAAUUUGAAGAUCUCAAGGAAGAUACAAAAGGCGGAGAACCAUGCAGCGUCUAUCACUUUCCUUUACAUAACUUGCGUCGCAUUGACCAAGAAUUACCACUCGAUCAGCUUCACAAGACUUUUUUGCAAGACGUAGGAAAUAGUUACUGGUUACUAAGUUUGCACAAUGAACAUAAACUUGGAUAUUAUAAAUUAAUUGAUGUUAUCGAUAAGACGAAGAACCAAGUUGCCUCGACUGAUUUCUACCUAUACAUCAUUAAAGUUGGUGCAAAAAUAAAUAGCAAUGAUCAAGGUACAGUGAUUGUACCAGAUGUAAAAAAUUUGGCUGAUUGUUAUCGAACCUGUCAUAAUUCAGAGCAACUCAAAUGCAAUACUUUCUCAUUCUGUUCAAAUGAUGACUGUAGAGUCAGUAGCGUAUUAACUGAAGACGCGUUGGACGAAUCGCACGUUGAAAAAGACAAAACAUGUUCUAUUUAUGCUUUGAAUGUUCUCAAUGAUUACUCAGAAGUACCUCACAGGAGAUUUAAAACCCCGACUUCAAUCGCAGUCGAAAAAAAUAUUUAUUCUUGUGGAGAGUAUUGUCAUGCUUCACCUGAUUGUUUCUCCUUCCAAUGGUGUGAUAAUCAAUGUAGUUUUGGUGGUUUUUAUACUGAUGCAGCUACUGAAUAUGAUGGAGAAUGCAGUAUAUAUCAUCCCAAAGUUACUGAAAAAUACCAGAAAACGGGCAACAAAAUCGUUUCAGAUGUGCUUUACACGGAAAUGAAUUUAAAUUUUGAACAAUGUGCAUCAUUAUGUCAUGGAUGGCCCGAUGGUUACGCUGCAUGUAAAUCAUUUAAUUAUUGUCCUAAAAGUAAAACAGAAGGUUCUUGUUCAUUGACUCAAUUUUCAGUUAAAAGUUCAAAUACUAAGACCACUGAAGGAGGCGAUUGUUCAAAUUAUGAAUUGAAAGGGGAAUUUAAUGGAAAGAAUAGCAAAGAAUCCAGUUCGACUCAGGUGAUGAAAGGAACAAGUGGAUCAGGUGCUUUCGGAAUAAUUAUGCUGUUCUUGUUUGUCGGUGCUUUAUUGGGAUUCGCUGCACCAUUUGGUUACAUAAAAGUUAAACAAAUGCGUAAUACUUCAGAAGACAAGCAAAGUUUUGCUUGGACAAGACAAGUAGAUGAACAAGUUGCUGAUCAGUUGUAAAUUUCCAUGUAAACCUUAUCACUGCUUUUCAGCAGAGAAAUGUUCAACAUUUGAUUUUUUCUUUUAAAUCUUAUUUUAUCUCAAUUAGAAAUAAUUAAAAGUAAUUUAAAUUU